CGAUUGCUGCGUCAUAGUCGGUCCGACUGCCAGACGCUGCGUGUGAGGCAGUAGUUCGUUCUCUCCUUUUUUUUUCAAAAAAAUUUCCAGACCAGCGUGUCCGGCACGGCCGAGCCUUUCACCUGGUGUCCCGUGGAGGAAACCCCUUUAAGGCCGGAUGGUCAAGACCUCCCUUCAGCGCAUUUUGAAUAGUCACUGUUUUGCUAGAGAGAAAGAAGGAAACAAAAUGCCAUCCAUGACGUUUAGUAGUAAUACUAGUACCGAAAGUCCCAGGCUGUCAUCCAGUUGCUGUCGUAACCCUGGUCCGGGGCCUCUGUGGUGUUCCGAUGUCCCUCACCCACCCUUGAAGAUCCCAGGUGGGCGAGGGAAUGGUCAAAGGGAUCACAAUCUUGCAGCUAACAUACUGUAUUCAGAUAAUCGGCUGAGUGUAACAGAAGAUUUGAGUGCAAAUGGCAGGACUAAAAUUCUCCACUUCCAGUCCAAGCUUACUGAUGCAAGAAUUGCUCACUGGAGAGCAGUACUGAAUAACAACAAUCUGUACAUUGAACUCCCAGGUGGAGUCCUGCCAGAAGGAAGCAAAGAAAGUUUUGCCAUCCUGCUUGAAUUUGCAGAAGAACAUCUUCAAGCUGAGCAUGUGUUCAUUUGCUUCCACAAGAACAGGGAUGAUCGAGCUUCACUGCUUCGCACAUUUAGCUUUCUUGGCUUUGAGAUUGUGAGACCUGGACAUCCCCUCGUCCCGAAAAGACCAGACGCUUUCUUCAUGGUGUAUACAUUUGAAAGAGACUCAUCUGAUGAAGAAUAAACUUGUGCUUUUAUCUUGCUCUCCUGUUUUGGGUUUUUUGUUUUUUGUCUCAUCUGUGAAGGUAUAUUGGUGAAAUUCUGUCUUAUCUAGCAUUGCAGCCUCAGGAGAAUCUUCAGGUUCAGUGGUGGUUGGUUGGAUAAUUUCACUUGUACUGUAUCUCAGUUUGCAUGUUAUGAUUAUAACGAAUAAAUUGCUCACCAUGAAAUUAACUGCA